CUCAACUGCUCUGUACAACUUGUGAUAAGAUAAAAUUUCUUUCUUUAGCUUAGCUUAACAGAAGAGUGGAGUAUUGGGAAGAAGGUGAGAGCAACUGAGGAAAGGACUGGAGGCAACCAUUUUGGCAAAAUGCUGGGAAUUUUAACUCGGGGAGCAUCAAAAUCAGCUUCAAGAAGUUCGUUCCCAUGGCGGAAAACAAUUCCUGUGAUCAAUCCCCCCAGCCGAAACUUCUGCAUAAGCGUCCUACCCGAUACGCUAGACCGCAGCUCAGAGUUAUUCUCCACAAAUUCUAAGGCCAUGAACGAUCUCGUCUCUCAGCUCAACUCUCAUAUCCGGAAGGUGACGGAAGGUGGAGGACCUGGAGCCGUCAACAGAAACCGUAGCAGGAAUAAGCUUCUUCCAAGGGAGAGAAUAGAUCGUCUUCUCGACCCUGGUUCUUCUUUCCUAGAGCUUUCUCCACUUGCAGGUCACGAAUUGUAUGAAGAAAAAUUACCUUCUGGUGGAAUAAUUACUGGAAUAGGGCCUGUGAAUGGAAGGCUUUGUAUGUUCGUUGCAAAUGACCCUACUGUCAAAGGUGGGACUUAUUUCCCCAUCACUGUAAAGAAACAUCUUAGAGCACAAGAAAUUGCUGCACAAUGCAAACUACCCUGUCUGUAUCUUGUUGACAGUGGAGGGGCUUUCCUUCCUAAACAAGCUGAGGUUUUUCCGGACAAGGAGAAUUUUGGCAGAAUAUUUUACAACCAGGCAGUGAUGUCAUCUGAAGGUAUUCCUCAGAUUGCAUUGGUUUUAGGCUCUUGUACAGCUGGUGGAGCUUAUAUACCUGCAAUGGCUGAUGAAAGUGUUAUGGUCAAAGGAAAUGGUACCAUAUUUCUUGCUGGACCGCCUCUUGUUAAGGCUGCAACUGGAGAAAUAGUUUCAGCCGAAGACCUUGGCGGUGCAAAUGUUCAUUGUAAAACCUCUGGUGUUUCCGACUACUUUGCCCAAGAUGAACUCCAUGCUCUUGUAAUUGGGAGGAACAUUGUCAAGAAUUUGCACAUGGCGAGAGGCCAACAAAAAGGCCAAACUCCAACAACAACCCCAACUGAUUUCAAAGAGCCAUUGUAUGAUGUGCAAGAACUUCGUUCCAUUGCACCAACAAACCUCAAACAGUCUUUUGACACCCGAUCAGCAAUCGCUCGCAUAGUUGAUGGAAGUGAAUUCGAUGAAUUCAAAAAGCUAUACGGCACUACACUUGUAACAGGUUUUGGGCGAAUUUAUGGGAAUCCGGUCGGAAUCAUUGGAAACAAUGGGAUAUUGUUUAGUGAGUCUGCUUUAAAAGGAGCACAUUUUAUUGAACUGUGCUGUCAGCGUAACAUUCCUUUGAUCUUUCUUCAGAAUAUUACGGGAUUUAUGGUGAGCCUCUUUUAUUUUAUGUACCUCUCAAAUUGAGGAUUUCAAUUGAUCUACUCUCUUGAAAAGAAAAUGUGGGCAACUUACAGUCUCUGAGUAAAAAGAGAGUAAUUUCCUGACUCUGAAGUUCCCGUAUGGCAACGGCUUUUAAAAAACUGAAAGUUCUUUUGAGACGCUAAAACAGUGUUUCCUAUUGUGGAAUGCCGUUUUUUAUUCAGAGAGCAUGUUACCGAUGUAACUGGAAGUGCUUUUGGAAAGCACAUUUUUUAUUGCUUUUAACUUUCCCAAAGCUUUUCCAUCAUUUUGGCUUGGGAAUAUGUUGGAAUAAAGCAAAAUGAUUCACUAAACUAUUUACGCUUCUUUGUUAUGAAGCAGCAGUCAGUCCAUGCAAUUUUCGACGCGAUUUUCACAAUGGAUCAUCUGGGAACAGUCUUUCCCUGCUUUAGUGCAGGGGUAAGACUGCGCACAUCCAACCCCCCUUAUCCCACCGUAGGUGGGAGCGUUUGCGGCAUUGGGUUGGCUCUAAAUCAGAAGCAAAUGGUAUAGCAAAAGCUGGAGCCAAAAUGGUGAUGGCAGUUUCAUGUGCAAAGGUCCCUAAAAUAACGGUGGUUGUUGGGGGAAGCUUCGGGGCUGGAAAUUAUGCAAUGUGUGGUCGUGCCUACAGUCCGGAUUUUAUGUUUCUAUGGCCAAAUGCUAGAAUAUCAGUCAUGGGAGGUGCUCAGGCUGCUGGUGUACUCUCUGGGAUAGAAAAGGCCAACAAGAAGAGGCAGGGAAUUGAGUGGGGGAAGGAAGAAGAGGAAAGGUAUAAGGCAGAGGUUGAAGAGAAAUAUGAGAGAGAGGGUGAUCCCUACUACUCCACAGCUAGACUGUGGGAUGAUGGCGUGAUUGAUCCCGCUGACACUAGAAGAAUCCUAGGUCUUUCCCUCUCUGCCACUUUGAACCGCGGCGGGCAUCCUCAGACAACCAAAUUUGGUGUCUUUAGAAUGUGAUGUGAUGAUAUAUGCAUAUCCAGAUCUCAUCCUAAAAAAAGAAUAUUAAAAAUAUUAAAAAUCGUUUAUUUCCUUGUGGACUUGUGACAAAGAAUACAGAACUCGUGUUGAGGAAGCGGUCCAGUCCAAUUGAUUGCUGACUCACUCUCCACUCUCCCUUCUGGGAAGUCUUGAGUUCGAAACUCCAAGGAAGCAUUUUUAUCUCUAUUUAUCUCAGGCCUCACAUCCCCCUCUCCCCGACCCCUGGGUAAAAAAAAGAGAAAAAAACAGGAUUUGUGUUGUGUAUAUUUCAUUUUAUUAUUUUUUAUUAUCCACACUAACGUUCAUCGGUUGUUGUGAAACUCCAUGUCUAAAUAUGCCAUCGAAGUCCUUUCAAUUUUCAACUCGAACUAGGAACUACCUGUCUAUCUGACAUAAGCUCAAAAUGUAUGCAUAGGUCUCCA